AAUGGAAACAGACCUAUAUAAGUAAGUUCCUUACCGAGGCAUGCUCCCUGCUUUCUCAGUCAGCAAUGAGAACGUGGACAGUGUGGUGCCUGGUCUUGUGCUUCUUUGGAGCAAGAGCUAAGAUAACACAAAACUCAAGUCUGGUACUGAAAGAAGAUGAGAGUGCUACCCUGGGAUGCAGUCAAAAUGACAAUCACGAUUAUAUGUACUGGUAUCUGCAGCAGCCAGGAAAAGGGCUGCAAUUAAUCUAUUAUUCGUUUGGACCAAAUCAGGAAUAUAAGGGUGAUAUUCACACUGGAUACGAAGCUAAGCGGAUAAGCCUAGAAUACUUUCGUUUAGAUAUCAUGUCUGUGAAGAAGAACCAUUCAGCUACCUAUUUCUGUGCCUCAAGUUUGGACACAACAUCACCACUGAACUUCGGACAGGGCACCCAUCUGACAGUGCUUGGGAAGGACAAUGAAAAAAUCAUACCACCGACUGUGGCCAUCUUUUCACCGUCAAAGCAGGAGAUUCAACAGAAGAAUAAGGCCACUCUGGUAUGCCUGGCUUCCGGUUUCUACCCGGAUCACCUCAGUUUAGUCUGGAAGGUGAAUGGCAACAAGAGGACAGAAGGAGUGGGAACAGAUGAGAUUUCCACAUCAAAUGGGAGCACUUACACAUUGACCAGCAGACUGAGAAUCUCAGCCCAAGAGUGGUUCAACCCUUUGAACCGUUUUGAGUGUAUUGCUGAAUUUUUUCAAGAUGGACAGAAAUCAGUACAAAAAUUCAUCCAUGGUGAUACUGGCUGUUAUAUCUUCAGAGAAAACUACCAAAGAAGUGCUACAGCUGGGAAGUUUGUAUACAUAAUGCUCAUUUUCAAGAGCUUUUUGUAUGGGAUAUUUGUAAUGGGGAUGAUGCUUUGGUACAAGAAAAUGUACUAGAUAUGCUUUGCCCUGAAGAGGAGGAUAGAUAUUACGCAAGUAGAAAGCCUCAAGUCUUCGUAUAAACGUUCUGAUUUGCUUCAGGAACCAAUAAAACUAUAUGGCAAUCUCAA